AUGACGUCAAGCACAAAAUCCAUCGUGUUCAUUGGUGCCAGCACCGGCGUUGGCCUUGCUGCCCUCAAACACACUCUCGCUGCCGGACACAAAUGUAUCGCGCUGUGCCGCGAUCCCUCAAAACUCACAGCCAUCUUCCCUUCAGGGUCAACACCAAAUCUGAAAAUCAUCAAAGGCAAUGCACACGACAUCUCAACCGUAUCACAGUGCCUCCAAACCGACGAUGGCCGCAUCGUCGAUGCCAUCGUGACCACCAUCGGUUCAAAGCCAACUGGAAGUGGAAUGAGUGUUGAGGAUCCAGACAUCUGCAAGAAAGGCGCAGCAACUAUCUUAGAUGCCCUCGGUCAGCUCCGAAGCACCGGCAUUACCGGAAACCCACACAUCAUCGGUUGCAGUACGACGGGCUUCUCCCGCUUCGGCCGCGAUAUUCCUUUCGUUAUGCGGCCUAUCUAUUACCUGUUUGUCAGCGUCCCUGGAGCAGACAAGGUAGUCAUGGAAGACCGUUUCGCGCAGAGCGGGGAAUCAUUCACAAUCAUUCGUCCGACCCACCUUGUUGAUGGCGAGUCGAAAACGGCUAUCCGCGUGGGCAUCGAGGAUCCCAAGACUGGCCCUGAGUCCAAGGUUAUUGGGUAUACUAUCUCCAGGGAGGAUGCGGGGAAGUGGCUCGCUGAGAACCUUGUCUUGAAGAUAGACGCGAAGUAUGUGAACAAGAAUGUGACCAUUACAUACUAA